GUGGCGAAACGAAAUUAACGCCGUUUACCAGACGGCAGGAUUGUAUUCGCGGCCAAGCGUUCCCGUUAAACUUUGCCGGGCAGAUGCCUUUACUUCCAGACAGCGUGCUCAAAACAAUGGCAAAAGCGGCAGCAUUGAACAGGCACGACCAAACUAGUCCCCUGUAUCUUUCAGAUAACAGGAGCGCUGCCGGGACAACACUGCCGUGAUUUGAACUUCAAAUCUGCUGACUUCGGAGCUACGAGCCUGCCUACUCCAGACAAGGCUCGGUCGACCGUGACGUCGCCACUGCUAACAUCAAGCGCUUCCGUCGACCAAGCUGAAGCUACAAAAGGCACCUCAGCGGAGCCUUUCCUUCACAUUGGCAGCAGCGGCAGCAUUGAACAGGCACGACCAAACUAGUCCCCUGUAUCUUUCAGAUAACAGGAGCGCUGCCGGGACAACACUGCCGUGAUUUGAACUUCAAAUCUGCUGACUUCGGAGCUACGAGCCUGGCUACUCCAGACAAGGCUCGGUCGACCGUGACGUCGCCACUGCUAACAUCAAGCGCUUCCGUCGACCAAGCUGAAGCUACAAAAGGCACCUCAGCGGAGCUUUUCCUUCACAUUGGCAGCAGCGGCAGCAUUGAACAGGCACGACCAAACUAGUCCCCUGUAUCUUUCAGGUUGGUGUUCUUUUAUUCCCUAGUACCAGGUUUUAUGCCGCUGCUGCUGCUGCUGCUGUCAAGGUGUAGCCAUGAGUUCCAAUGGUCAGUGUAAAACUUGUGAAAAACAAUUCGUAUCGUCCGAUUCGAAAAUUGCGUGCAGCGACUGUGAUGGUAGCUACCACACGGGAAAAUGUUCUGGAAUUUCUGACAAAACAAUCAAAACGAAGGGCGAAGCGUAUCGUUUAGCUUGGCGCUGCCCAGCCUGUCGUCGUUUAAAAUCCUGUGCACAAGCUCGGAAUCCUACACUGAGUGACGACUUGGAAACGCAAGAUGUGCGACAAAUGCUAAGGGUGAUCAAUGAGAAACUUGACCAGCUUUUACCGCUCAGAGAAGUAGUUGAGGGCAUUGAAGAUUCAAUGCAAUUUUGGAGCGAGCAGUACGACGAACUGCGGGAACGAACAGAACAAAAUGAAAAGGACAUCAAAGACCUAAAACGCAGAAUGGAAAAACUUGAGGCGCAGGACGUUGAAGUAAAUCAGAUGCAAUGCGAAAUCGAUAACCUUGAAUGGAGAAGCCGGCGCCUUAACCUCGAGUUUCAUGGAAUACAGGUAACCGAAAAGGAAAAUUUGCUGAGCAAACUAAACGUACUUGCCACACAGCUCGAACUGCCACAGCUUUCUGAUAUGGACGUGGUGUCCAUUCACCGUCUGCCUUCAAGGAAAGAUAAAACGCCGGGCGUAAUCUGCCGCUUUGCAAGACAGGCUGAUAGAGAUAGAUGGUGGGAAAGCAGAAAGAAGUUACGUGAUUCGAAUGACACUCUGUUUCUACUUGAAAACUUGACAAGACGAUCCCGUUCUCUACUUUUCGAAACGAAAGCCUGGGCCAAAAGGAACAGUUAUAAAUACGCGUGGCACAGCAAUGGCCGAGUGCUUGUGCGCAAGUCUGAUGGAAGCCGCGCGGUGGUAAUCUCUAAUAUUGCCGACCUAGAUAAGCUUCGAUAAGAAAUGAGCAAUCGACUAUCUAUGGCAAGUACAGCCAGCGAAUCAUACUUACUUCCGAAUUCUUUUGAAAGGCAUCUAGGAAAACCGUUCUUGCGGUCGUUUAAAUGUUUUCACUUGAAUAUACGCUCAAUUAAAAAUAAAGAAUCCGAUCUUUGUCUAUUAUUUGAUAAUUUUGGGCUGCAAUUUGAUGCAAUAUUGCUAACCGAGACAUGGU